UUUCCGUACAGCAGUUCCUGUCGUACUUCGAGUAAAGACGGUCGCGCUUUCUGUCUGGAAGAUCAUUUGGUAUAUUCCGGUGUGAUAGGGCAACACUAAUACGAAUAUAUAUAUAUAUAUUUUCUUUUGUUUUAAAUAAUCCGAAUGUGUGGUUUUAGUUAGAAAAUACACAGCAAUAUGAAGUUACCGAUUAUUUUGUUCACCCUGCUGGGGACUGUAUUAGCCAAUCCUUUUGAAUAUUAUAACAAUGGUAUUCGCGAUAGUCAUGGAAGUCCUAACGGUGGCUUGAAUGGAGAACAUUCGGGCUUUCAAAGUGGAGGCCAAAUUGGUGGUCAGGAAGAAUAUGGCAGUUCAAGCUUCAAGAGUAGAGGACAAUCCAGAGUAUAUGGCAAUCAAGAUUACCAGUACGAUGAUCCAAGACUUGUAGGAUUCCAUUAUCAAGAAGGCCAGAAAGUGGAAAGUGUUCCAUAUAUCCAGAGCGUACGUCAAAAUGAAGGUUUAAGAGUAAAUGCCGUUCAAUAUUCCAAUCAUGCUGGUCAAUAUGAAGGUUUCAAUGGCCGACGACAAACAUCAAGAUAUACAGGUUUCAACAAUGAAGAAGUUCAUGAAGUGCAGAGCGUUCCGUAUUCCCAAAACGCUAAUAAACAUGCAGGAUUAGGAUUAGGAGUAAAUCGCGUUCAAGAUUCCAAUCAAGGUGGUCAAAAUGGCCUACGACAAACAUUCAGUGAUUCAAGACAAACAAGAUUUAAUAAUGAUGAACGUCAGUAUCCUCAGAUCGGAGGUUAUGAUGGAAGAGUAGAAAUCCGUAAUGCCCAAGUAUUUGGAGAAAGAGGUUCCCAAAUCGAUCAGUUCCAAAACGAAAGGCGUACGUUUGUUGGCCAAGACGAUAAAAACAGAAGGUUAAAUGGAGGACAACAAUGGUACAAUAAUAAUCAAGAAGGAUUUGGAGAUCAGGAAUCGAUGAAUGGUCAGUACGAAAGGCUUCCAGUCUCCAAUGAUAAUGAAGAAGACAAGGCUACAAGCCUCAGGUGCUCUUUUUGUCGCAAGAGGUGGUUUAAGAAUAUUCCAGCCAGGCGCAUUGAAUAAUUUCGCUAAAAAGUGUUUAAGUUUUCUUUUAUUGCAAACUGCAUAUUAUGCAUAUGUAAAAAUUAUACAUAAUCAAUAAUUUUAUAAAUAUUUUUAAAUAUUUGCUUUACAUUGACAAGUUAUUUGGUAUUAAUAUAUUUCGAUUUAAUUUAAAUAAAAAUUGU